AUGGCGGCCGCAGAGGAGAAUAGCUCGCUGUUCCUGAUUUUCAUCCUCACCAUGAUCGCACUGCCCCUCGUGCCCUACACGAUCCUGCGUCUGUGUCGCGCUGCUUCCGAGAAGGCCAAGACCAUCCACUGCCGCUGCUCGGGUUGCCACCGCUCCGGCAAGUACCGCAAGUCGAUCUACAAGAGGAUAUCCAACUUCUCCACGUGCAGUAACCUAACCAUCCUUCUGCUCUGGAUUGUUAUGAUAUUCCUGGUUUACUACAUAAAGCAUGUUAGCCGUGAGGUCCAAGUUUUUGAGCCUUUCAGUAUUCUUGGACUGGAAGCUGGGGCAUCUGAAUCUGAUAUCAAGAAAUCAUAUAGGAGGCUUUCUAUUCAGUACCAUCCUGAUAAAAAUCCUGAUCCAGAGGCUCAUAAGUACUUCGUUGAAUAUAUAUCCAAGGCAUAUCAAGCAUUAACUGAUCCUAUAUCUCGCGAGAAUUAUGAGAAAUAUGGUCACCCUGAUGGGCGGCAGGGGAUGCAAAUGGGCAUUGCUUUGCCCAAGUUCUUACUAAACAUUGAUGGUGCAUCUGGUGGGAUAAUGCUUCUUGGAAUUGUCGGAUUUUGUAUAUUAUUGCCUUUGAUGAUAGCUGUUAUUUAUUUGUCAAGAUCGUCAAAGUAUACCGGAAACUAUGUCAUGCAUCAAACUCUGUCCACUUACUACUACUUUAUGAAGCCAUCUCUUGCUCCAAGCAAAGUUAUGGAUGUCUUCAUCAAGGCUGCAGAAUAUAUGGAGAUGCCAGUUCGACGCAGUGAUGAUGAACCCCUGCAAAAAUUGUUUGUAGCUGUUAGAAGUGAGUUAAAUCUGGACUUAAAGAACAUUAAGACAGAACAAGCAAAGUUCUGGAAGCAGCAUCCAUCACUAGUAAAGAUGGAACUGCUGAUUCAGGCGCAUCUCACAUGUGAGUCAUUUGCUUUGACCCCAGCACUUCUUAAAGAUUACAGACACAUGCUUGAACUUGCACCUCGUCUUCUGGAAGAACUCGUUAAGAUUGCAGUUCUACCAAGGAAUCCCCAUGGUUUUGGAUGGCUCCGGCCUGCAAUUGGUGUUAUUGAGCUUUCUCAAAAUAUUGUCCAGACUGUACCACUAAGUGCACGAAAAGCUAGUGGAGGUAACUCGGAAGGAAUAGCGCCUUUCUUGCAGUUGCCGCAUUUCACAGAAGCAACUGUGAAAAAGAUUGCUCGCAAGAAAAUCCGUGCCUUCCAAGAACUUUGUGACAUGUCUGUGGAGGAUCGUGCUGCAUUGCUCACACAAGUUGCUGGGCUUUCUGAAGAACAAGCUCGGGAUGUGGAGCUUGUCCUGGAGAUGAUUCCUUCUAUUGAAGUAGACAUUAAAUGCGAGACUGAAGGUGAAGAGGGCAUUCAAGAGGGUGAUGUCGUGACAAUGUAUGCUUGGGUCUCGCUACAACGGCGUAAUGGACUGACUGCUGCUCUUCCCCAUUGUCCCAACUUCCCGUUCCACAAGGAAGAAAACUUCUGGCUGCUUCUGGCCGAUGUGGCAUCUAAUGAUGUCUGGUUGUCACAGAAAGUCAGCUUCAUGGAUGAGGCCACUGCCAUAACUGCAGCAUCAAAAACUAUACAAGAGACCCAGGAAGCACUAGGUGCAAGUGCAAAGGAAAUAGGAAAUGCAGUUAAGGAGGCAGUUGACAGGGUGAAGAGAGGCAGUAGGCUGGUAAUGGGCAAGUUCCAAGCCCCAGCAGAGGGUACUCACAACCUCACCUCUUUUUGUUUGUGCGACUCUUGGAUAGGCUGUGACACCAAGACCAGCUUCAAGCUCAAGGUACUGAAGCGCAACCGUGCUGGAACAAGAGGCCAUGUGCCUGAAGAAGGGCCAGCGGCAGCUGCAGAGGAUGGUAUUGAGGAGGAAGAGGAGGAAGAGGAAGAGGAGUAUGAUGACUAUGAGAGCGAGUACAGUGAUGACGAGGAGGAUGAGAAGAACAAGGGGAAAGGGAAGGUGAAGGUCGUGAACGGAUCGGCCCAUCAAGGGGCUGAAUCUGAUAUAGAUUCAGGCAGCGAUGAGUGA